AUGCUCCCUGCAAUGGUAAGACACAGCCGCACUGGUAAGGUGAGGUGGGUGUUCCACCCAUGCACCCAUCCAUCUUCUGUCACACACUGUGGCACUGCUGGUGCUGCUGACGAUGCUCCCUGCAAUGACCUCUAUUCAUUCGGCAUCGGAGCCUACAUCAUCUGGGGGUCCAUAGCUGCGAUGCGAGCAGCCGUCUUGCGGUUACCGCGUAACAACAUGCAGAUGCUGCUGCUGCCUCUCGUGCACUGGGCUGCUGUGGCGCUGAAAGCGGCGGUGCUUCUGCUGCUGUGGCUGGUGGUGGCGCCCAUCCUAGCGGGUCUGCUGGUCGACCUGGCAGUCAUCAUGCCAAUCCGAGUGCCCAUCAACGAGUCACCGCUGCUCUCUCUCUACCACGACUGGGUGCUCGGGCUCAUUCUGCUCAAGCUCUGGGCCAGAGUGGUCACCGCACAGAACCACUUACUAGCCAACCACGAGUGGCGAGCCCGCUUCCUCCGCCUGCAACAAGACGGCCUCCGCCGCCUCAACGCCCGCCGCACCUUCCAGGAAAUUAUCGCCCCAGUCCUCCUCUUCCUCCUCACAGCCCUCUCUGCCCCCUUCCUGGCAGUCCGCGCAGCCCUCCCCUUGCUCCGCCUCCCCCCCGUGCUCGAAUCAGCAGCGUUUCGAUUCGCGUGGAUCACCGCGCUGGGGGUGGUGGGCACGGCGAGGGUGUGGCGGCGGGUGUGUGAGUGGCUUGCGUCGCUGCAUGAUGCAAUUCGGGACGAUAGGUACUUGGUUGGGAGGAGGCUGCACAACUUUCAGCACCAGAGGAGAUGA